UAGUCUCAAAGCGCAACCACAGUUUAAAUCAAACAAAAUGAAAUUCGUUAUUGUUUUUGUUGCUCUCUUCGCUGUCGCCUUCGCCGCCCCAGCCGAUUCUGAUGCGCAAGUCCUGCGUUUCGACUCCGACGUGAAAGCCGAUGGAUUCAACUACGCUUAUGAGACUAGCAACGGUAUUAAGGAAGAUGCCUCUGCCGUCCUUAACAAUGUCGGAAGCGAAAACGAGGCCAUUGCUGUCCGUGGCUCAUACAGUUUCGUUGGUGAUGAUGGCGUAACCUACACCGUCAACUACAUCGCCGAUGAGAACGGUUUCCAACCUCAGGGCGCUCAUUUGCCCGUUGCCCCAGAAGCUUAAGUUGCUUACUAAUUACCUAAUUUGUUUUUGUUUUAAAAAUCCGUACAAAUUCCCCAAAAACUUUGUUGUCCCCUCCUACCAAUCCUGAUCCUAGUCGUCCUACCUCUAACAACUUCCCUGAUUGCUAUUAACAUGGUGUUGUUAUUGUUAAACGGUGUGAGAUCAGUGUGAUCAGUUGUUAGUCCUUAGUCUAAGCUACCAAAAUGAAAAAAAUAA